GUUUUGCCUACAUUACAAUAGGAUAAAUAAUAAGGGAACCAAAGCAAUGAAGCAUUAUCUCUAGCUUGUUACAGAAAAUCAACAGAGCAUUCUGGUUUGAAGCUGCAGGUUUAUAUAUAUAACUAGAUCAAAUUGAGAUCGAUGCUUCUUCCUUCAUACAUAUUGAGGCUGUGACUGAGCUGAGAGCAGGGAUCUGAGAAUGGACACUGAAGAAGAAAAGGGUCAUGCUUCUAUGAGACUCUCAAGUACAGAAGUGGAUGAUGAUGGGAGAACCAAGAGAACCGGGAACGUGGUGACAGCUACAACACACAUAAUAACAGUGGUGGUUGGGGCAGGAGUGUUGGCUCUGGCAUGGGCAAUGGCUCAGCUAGGAUGGAUAGCUGGAAUUGCAGUGAUGGUUAUGUUUGCAUGCAUUUCCAUUUACACUUACAAUCUCAUUGCAGAUUGCUACAGAUACCCUGACCCUGUCACUGGCAAGAGGAACUACACUUAUAUGCAGGCCGUUCAUGCAUACCUUGGUGGGAAAAUGUAUGUGUUUUGCGGAUUGAUCCAAUAUGGGAAGCUGGCUGGGGUUACAAUAGGCUAUACAAUAACUACUUCCACAAGCUUGGUAGCUAUAAGGAAAGCCAUUUGCUUCCACAAAAAAGGCCAUCAAGCUUAUUGCAAGUUUUCAAAUAAUCCUUAUAUGAUUGCUUUUGGGAUCUUGCAAAUUUUUCUGUCCCAAAUCCCGAAUUUCCAUAAGUUAACAUUUAUUUCAACCAUUGCUGCUCUUUCCUCUUUUGGUUAUGCAUUUAUUGGAAGUGGACUUUCUCUAGGAGUCCUGUUCUCAGGGAAAGGAGAAACAACCAGAUUAUUUGGAAUUAAAGUAGGGCCAGAAUUAUCUGGAGAAGAAAAAGUUUGGAAGGUUUUCAGUGCUUUGGGAAACAUUGCACUUGCUUGCUCUUUUGCUACUGUUGUCUAUGAUAUAAUGGACACCUUAAAGUCAGAUCCACCAGAAAGUAUACAGAUGAAAAAGGCCAAUGUGUUGGGGAUCACUGCAAUGACAAUACUUUUUCUUCUAUGUGGUAGCCUUGGCUAUGCUGCUUUUGGUGAUCAAACACCAGGGAACAUCCUCACUGGCUUUGGAUUUUACGAGCCUCAUUGGUUGGUUGCAUUGGGGAAUGUAUGCAUUAUAGCUCACAUGGUGGGAGCAUAUCAGGUGCUUGCUCAACCAUUAUUUCGUAUAGUUGAGAUGGGUGCUAACUUGGCAUGGCCACAAUCUACCUUCUUAAACAAGGAAUACCCAACAAAAAUAGGCUUCAACCUCAACUUGUUCAAGUUAAUAUGGAGGACAAUAUAUGUGAUAAUAGCCACAAUCAUUGCCAUGGCAAUGCCAUUUUUCAAUGAGUUUCUUGCUCUCCUUGGAGCAAUUGGGUUUUGGCCACUCAUUGUCUUCUUCCCUAUUCAAAUGCACAUUUCACAAAAACAAAUAAGAACCCUAUCAUCAAAGUGGUGUGUGCUCCAAAUGUUGAGUUUAGUGUGCUUCCUUGUUUCAGUAGCUGCGGGAGUUAGUUCUGUUCGUGGAAUUAUGGAGAAUAUCAACAAAUACAAACUCUUCAUGUAUAAACAGUAGUUUAUUUCAAAAUGGCCGUGUUACAACCACCACUAUCUUUACAAAUUCUGUAAACUAUUGAGACUAAGCUUCAAGAAGGACAAUGGAAUUGUGCUCAACCGAUUUCAUAACACAGUCUGGGCAGAAAAUAUAAUUGAAAUAUCAGUACAACAACAACAACAAAAGCCUUAUCUCACUAAGUGAGAUCAGCUAUAUGGAUAGCUAAAAUUCUCACUAUCUAGCGGUGUUUGCAGAACUCUAGGUGGCAAUAUUUUCUGCAGGGUUUAAAUUUCUUGGAAAAGCUCUUAUGUGAAAGUUUACAUGCUGGAGAGAUCGUUGGGCAAGAGGAUAAUUCUUCAAAAACUCGGCCCUUAUGCUCUUCAUUAGAACAAUGGAUUGUCAUGGCCUGUAGAACCCUAGCAUUUUGCAGGACAUAUUUUGCAAAUUGAAGAUCAUCUUUCAAGCCUCUAUAUCCUCUAAGUGUAAUUGUAAUCCUCCAGGAUUAGCACAGCAAGAUGCCACCCAUCAAAGCAAAUAACAUAGAUGUCAAGGUGGAUUAAGUUGUUACUGGAAAGGCAUUGUAAUAUUGGACAUUGGCGUGAUGAGGCAUGGUUAUGUCCAGAAACUGCACAUCAUAAAAUGCGCUAAUCCGAAUGGGUAUUCAAUGAGGUGGAUAUGUAUAUUGCUCGCUCUGAUUAACUUGGGAAUGGCCUUAACAUCCCCUCUAAAAUCCAAAAAAUCUUUAAAUUCCACAGCAACAACACGAAAAUCAUCAAGAACCGGACAUGAAGAAACGAGUUGUCGAAGAUCAUCGGGUGUUUUGAAAGUAACACGCGUCAAGUGAAGGGUUCUGAGCAAGGGAAGAUCAGAAGAAACUAUAUUGUCAGCCAGAGAUAACGAAGUCAAGUUGAGAGCCACGAGAGUUGGGCAGAUGAGAAUAUUGCAAGGUGAUAAGAAGGAGGUUCUUCCCCGAGGCAACACCAACGUUAAUUCUUCCACGCGACUCAAUUUAUCGGCGGCAAGCCAUUCAUAUGUGCAGGGGCCUAGCCAGGAUUUUCACAUCGGGGGGACUACUGAAAAAUUACCGUGGAGAAAAAUAACGUGAAACCACUUUUAUCGACUAUAUAAUUUUGGUUUAGCGUGAUUUUUAUUGUGUAUCUAAACAUUCACUAUUAUUAUAAGAAAAAAAUAAUAUUUUUAAUCA